UUAUAGUUCCUUCCCUCAGAACUGCUCCUUUAAUGUUUCCUUAUCUUGCUGAAAAUGUAGGUUUUGCUGUUUGAAUUAUCUACUCAUGGAAUCUUGUGGACUUCAGGCUCAAAAAUUUUCUCACAAGCUCACCCACAUGGACACUUUGUCCGACGAAAUGAUGAUUCCUCGUUCUUUCUGUUCUAAAUAUGCUCAUGACCUACAUGAGGAUAUGGAAUUGAAGCUUCGAAAUGGUUAUGUUCUUCCAGUUAAAUUUGACCACAGUAGAGGUGUUUUUAAGGGUCUUCUAUGUUUUUUUAAGCAUUUUAAGCUGAAUGGUGGUGAAUUGCUAGUGUUCGAGUACUUUGGCAGAUAUAACAUCAAUGUCUACAUUCUGGGUAGUAACUUAUCUGAAAUCAAAUACCCGGAUUUUAAGUUUAAUAUGCCAGAAUCUCCACCUCGAUUAGUCACUCUUGGCGAUGGAGGGUGGAGGUUUGUUUGGUUUAAUUCUGGCAGACAAACAACUAUAAAUGAAAUUCAACCUCCAGAGGCAUUCUUGGACCGUUGUGAAUUUUCUUUCCGUGAACCUAUGAAAUAUGUUAUUAGCAAUGGGAAGAAGUUUGGUUGUUCGUAUUGUCCUUCAUCUAGGAAGUUCAUAGGAUUGGAUUGUGUUUGUGAAAUGUUAAAAAAUACUGGAACCAAGGAAAUUCAUAUGUUGCUGUUUAAGUAUGAUGUUGAUUCUGUUAUAACAAUCUCGGCUUUUGACAAAGAACUUUGUGAGAUUGUUUAUCCUGGAACUCCACUUUCUAUUGUAGAAGCCGGUGGGGAUCAUCCAUCAAUAGGUUUCCAGUUUGAAAUUCAUGUUGAAGAAAUACACAUGUCUCCCGAAUGUUACGUUGUUUAUAUUUCUCCUCUAUUUAAGAAGCUCUGCAGCAUGUGGGACACCUUUCAAUCUAUAUAUGUGUAUUCUGGAAAUGGUUCUUGGAAGCUAGAUAUUUGCCGGAGGGAUGACUAUUAUCGUUCUACAAUAGAAGAUGGAUGGCAGCAGCUUAGAGAUGGUUUGGCCUUGGAAGUAGGGGACAUUUGUAUUUUUGAAUGUCCAGUUGAUUCUCUUGAUCGUUUAAUGUUCGAGUGGUGAAGAAGCAGUAAUCUGGGAUCUUUAAGUUUAAUGUUAUUGUCCUCUGUUUAGGAAAUUUUUAUGUUGUCUUUUGCUGGAUUGGCUUGACAAUUUAUUUGAAUUAAUGUUUGUAAUGGUGGAUGGUGCUUGAUUAAAUACUGAUGUAAUAUGUCUGAAGUUGUGGUCUGAACAAA